AUGUCCCCGGGGGCGCCCGACUCACCCUCCCGGGCCUCCCCCGCCCGCCGCCGCCCCUCACCCAGCCUUGGGCCUGCGGGGGAUGGCAGCGGAGGAGGCCCGGAAACACUGACUCGCACUCGUAACCCACCUGCCGCGAGUUCCCAAGGGUGCGCGGCCGGGACAGGGCGGCCGCCCGCCACCUUCCCCAUCCGGGGCGCCGGGGUCGCGACGGCGGCCGAGCACUUCCGGGUCCGCCGCAACCUCCGCGGCAAGAGCGCCCUUCCCCGUCCGGCGGGCCCGGGGGUUGGCUGCUGCCCUCUGCUGGCUGCUCCGAGCACCUCCCGGCUCCUCUCCCGCGGACGGAACGCCCGGACCCUGGGAAAGCAAAUCACCUGCAGAAAGACGAAAGCGGGCAUCCGGAGGGCAGAGAUAGAGGCCGGGCUGCCUUCUGUUCCAAAAUUUGACAAGAUUCCUUGGUUUAGUGAGGCCAGCCUCGUCAACAAGCCAUUAGUGCUCAGCCUCCCCAAAAGAUCUCCUCAUGCCUCUGCCACUUUUCUGGUUUCAUCCAAGAAGGAUAUGAAUUUGCCAAUUUUGUUUCAAGUUCCAGAUGUCUUAUCUAAGGUCAGCAGGAACCAGAGUGACCCCGUGCUGAUCAGAAACAAGCAGCUGUGCUCCACAUGUCGAGAAAUAAAAAUGAUACAACCAAGAACUAUGAUAGUCCCAGGUGAUCUGAAACUAUCCUUUAAAAAUUUUAUGAGUCGUAGAAUGAUGAGUCUUCAUCCACCAAAAGCCCAGACUGUGUCUAAACCUUCCCGUGGUGACAUUCCAACAGAGAGCAUUCACUACAGACUGCCCAUUCUGGGCCCCAGGACAGCUGUCUUCCAUGGAACGCUGUCGGAUGCCUACAAAACUCUGCAGGAGACACAACUCUCUUACUUGUCCGGAAAGAAGCCAAUGGACAAGACAAUGAGGCAGUGAGUGGUCGGAGCUCAUCACCUUCCAGACUCGCAGAGAGAAAACAACCUCUCGAAGCCAGUUUCUGACACUAAUGCCUUCUCAUAAUUUCCUCCUAUCGCCAAAAAGAUGACUCCAUUUUGCCUUCCUAAGAGUUGCUAGAAUUCUAGCCCUUGCCACUGUCUUCUCACUUGCUUCUCCUAAAGACAAAAUGGAUUAAUUUACAUCAUUAUAAAGACUUAUUGAUUACAAUGGAACAUUUUGAGUGUCAAUCAUUUAAUUUUGUUAAAGAUUCUCAGUUGUGUUAUAAUAGAUAACAUCCUGCUGUUUCUACGACGUGAAUUUUCUGUGAAAAUUAUUUCAGCUCUUCCCUCAGAGCAGGGGCCAGAGACGACUCCAGGAGGUCCCUCACGAAUU